CGCUUUACACACUCCUUUGCAUUCUUGGAAAAGCCUCUCUCUCUAUAUAUAUCGAUUGAACAUUAGUUAAUUGGCUUUAAGAAAAACAAACUAUACAACAACCUUCUCCAACUCCGACCUUUUCAACUAAGCAUAAAAAAACGAUAUGGUCCCAAAUACAACAACCGUCAAGUUCCUUUGUAGCUACGGUGGCAGAAUCACCCCACGUUAUCCCGACGGCAAGCUCCGUUAUCAAGGCGGCGAUACACGUGUCCUCUCCGUCACUCGCGCCAUAUCCUUCACCGAGCUAAAGAAGAAGCUCGGUGAGAUUUGCGGGAUUGCGGUGACUAGUCUCCGAUGUCAGUUACCAACAGAUGAUCUUGACGCGCUUGUAACGGUAAGAUCCGACGAGGAUCUAAAGAAUCUUAUGGAGGAAUACGAUCUCGCUAUAACAGCGCAAGUUAAGAUUCACGUCUUUCUUUCUCCGCUUAAAUCAACGAGAACAACAGCAAACUCGUCUCCUCCACCUUCAACGACGUCAUCUUCUUCGUCAAAAUCACGCUCUCGUUCUCCUCCAUCGCCUUCAACUCCGGAAACAUGUCCUAGUUGCGUAGAGAGAUCUAUACGUAACAAUGGAUGUUACGUUCAUAGAAGUCCAAGUCAUAACCAAUUAUACUUCAUCAACAAUUGAAACAAUCUCUCUAAACAUUGUAACAAUAUAGAAGUCUUGAAUUCUCGGAAUUAUAUUUAAUAACGUGAGGAUCAGUUUCAUAUAUAUUAGCCCAAAAAAGUGAGUCCAAUAGAUGUAAAAGAUCAUCAUGAUGUUGAUGAUGAUGCUAGAUUUUUUUAUUUUUUUUUUCCUUUUGUGAUUGGUGAAAGAGUGUCCUUGGGAAUUUUUAGUGUUACCAGUACACAAUUUCUUUCUUUUAUGAAAAUCCAAUGAAUAUGAGCCACGUGGAAACUCAAUAAAGAUAUUUUUUUUCCUCUCUUCUUGAACUGUACGUUUCAGAUAUUUUUUUUGUUAUAAACCAAGAACCAAUUUGGUUUAGUAUGGUUUAAGAUUUACGUAACCGGUUUAAAACUAACUAAAAAGCGCAAUUGAAAUUCUGUUUUUAACCGGGUUUUAGUCUUUCAGUCUUUCUUCUUCCUCUAUACCUCUCCGUUUUCCGAUGAUGGUGUUGAUUCUAAUCCUUCUUGUGCUUAUGGUUGUUUUGUUUUGUUUCUACCAUUUUCUUAUAAAAUUUCGCCGCUUUCGGAGUUGAAAUCCGGUGAAAGCUUUGCGGAAGAAUUCUUAUCGGCGCUCUUCUUUGAAACUAGCUCCUCAAAGUCUUGUGCUCUUCUACGGCGGCGGGUGGUCUCUUCGGGAAACGGCGGUCCUUUGUCGGCGAUUUCAUGUGGUCCUCAAUUUCACACGUGGCAGUUUCUUUCACCUUCUACGUGUUACUAGUACUACACGUGGGUUCCCGAGUUGUUUAUGUAUAAUUGUAUACCAUAACCAUGUAAUGGGAUUGUUGAUAAUAAUAACAUCGUUUGUAGAUUGGGCCUAAGUGGACUCUUAUAUGGGCCAUGUAACAAACCCACCCAACAAUAUCGAAGCUGUAAUAGAUAAAAUGGACAGAAAGUUCUUUUCAUUUCCAAUAGGAAGUCAAAACGAUUGACCUUCUGUUUUCCCAAUACGAG